AUGGCAUCUCGCAGUGAGAGAUUUGCACGAAAGCCCGAAGAAAAGAAAGAUGAAGCCAAGCCAGUGGACACGGAAGAAGAGGUAGUGCGGUUUUCGCCAGAGGAAGAAGCUGUAUGUAAGCAAUUUCCUCUACACAAACCAGGCGCAUCAGAACAAUUUACUGAUGAUGAUUAUUCAAGUCCCUCCUCAAUGAAUCCAACGCUCAAAAAACGUCUGCGAACGCUCUGUUCGCAAAGUCCUCCUUCCAAGAAGCGAUAGCUAUCUACGAUGAAGCCCUUUCCACCUGUCCGAAUUACCUCGACUACGAGAUAGCGGUGCUGAAGAGUAAUAUUGCAGCUUGUCAUCUGAAACUUGAGGAUUGGAAGGAAGCUGUGAAAUCCUCGACCGCUGCACUGGAUUGCUUAGAUAAACUGCAAGGCAGGAAUCCAGAUGGAACGAAGCAGGAAGAACCCAAGGAACCCGUAAAGGCCGAAGAACAGGAAGCUGAUGAGGAGAUUGUGAGCGAGGGCGCUACGAAAAGUGCGCCUAUGAGAGAAGAGAUCUCGCCCGAAAAGGCAAAGAGAGAGGCUGAUAUUGAGAGGAUACGGGCAAAGGCGUUGAUGAGGAGAGCAAAGGCGAGGAGUGAACAGGGCGGGUGGUCUGUUUUGCAGGGUGCUGAAGAAGGUACAGUUUCCAAAAGCUCUUUUCACACACUCCAUUUGUCUAACCAUGAUUUGCAGACUAUAAGACUCUUUCCCAAAUGCUCAACAUUUCAUUAGCAGACAAGAAAAUCAUACAGCAACAGCUGAGAACACUCCCACCUCGGACAAAAGCAGCCCAAGAAAAGGAGACCAAAGAAAUGAUGGAUAAACUGAAGCAGGUUAGUUUUUUUCACCAAGACCAGCAUUUUUUUCAAGCCUAACAUUUUGGCAGUUGGGUAAUGGAAUGUUGAAACCAUUUGGUUUGUCGACAAAUAACUUUCAGAUGGUCAAGGACGAGAAGACUGGUGGCUAUAGUAUGAAUUUCAACCAAGGAGCUACUUAA